AUAAAAGCGAUUGUGAAAAGUCAACUGUAGUAGUCGUGUCCCUCCUCGGACACCGUAGUGCAUGCAUGGCUCGCAGUGAUCAUGUUGAAGGUGACAGGUAGUAGUGCAAUGCCGGGAGCUCUAAGUUUGCUGCCGAUCACCGUCUUCGCUGAUGCCGGUGACGGAAACACCGAACCCAUCGCCCCUCUGCUCCGGGACGAGCUGUCCCUGUACACCGCUCCUCCGCAGCACAAGUCCCGCUAUGUGGAGCCUGAAGCGGAUCAGCUGGAGCAGAGUGUCGCCUCCCUCAGGAAGUUAACAGAGCCUUACACGGAGUGGUGCGAGGGCACCUACAGCAAAAUCAAACCCAAAGUUCAGAGGGUGGUCAAGUUCGGAACAGACACCUACGACUACUUUAAGAACCCGCCGAAGGACUUCUACCCGCGGGCAGGAGUUAUCGGCUUCACCGGCGUCUUGGGGUUGUUUCUCGCCAGAGGCUCCCGGAUUAAAAGGCUCCUCUACCCGGCGGGCCUGAUGACCGUGAGCGCCUCCUUGUACUACCCGGAGCAGGCUGCGGCCAUCGCAAAGUCAACCGGAGACUCCGUGUACGAGCGCGCCGUGCGGGGCUACGCUACCCUGGAGAAGAUGGUGAAGCCUGGGAGCGACUCAGAGACUAAGCCAUGAGGAACCCGGGGGGAUUCUGUAACAACUCAAUAAGCAAUAAGAAAUCAGCAGCACCUUUUUCUGUAGAUUGACAUGUGCUACAUAGACAGGCUCUAAUCUGUGUGACUUCCUCAUGCCCACUUUUUGCACUAAGCUUCACAUCUAACUCAGGCCGGGCAUGGCCUGUCACGGGAGGUUUGCCACUUGAAUGGUUUACCUCUGCUUCUGAUUUGAAUGUAUAUUUAUGGAGAGUAUUAAUUUAUUAGAAUCAACUGCCUUGAAAUAAAAAAAGUUGCUUUUAUUAGACUGUCGUGUGUUCUGUCGUGCAAUUUAGUUAAUCAAAAGGAAAAAAAUAAUCAAGUACUUUAAGAUUUUUAAAAAGUAAGCUGUAUUAUAUCAAAUUGAAUAUAUUUAAAUUUUGGACUAAUGGUCACACAAAACAAGCAGUUAAAAGACAUCUCAGGUUCUAAUAAAAAAAUUGUAUGAACUUUGCUUUUUCUAAUUUUUAAUAAUGCAAAUGAUGAAUUGCUUAGUUGAAACAAUAAUAAUAGUCAGUAUUUGCGGCCAAAGAUUAAGUUACACUUAAGUUCUGCCACAGGUUUGCAACUUGAAUGAUUUACCUCUGCUUCUGAUUUGAAUGUAUAUUUAUGUAGAUUAAAAGAAAUAACUGUCAUUAAAUUAACAAGUGUCAUG